AUGAGGCGCUGUAUCUUCGCAUCAAGUUUGAGGGCAACUGUCCCCCUCAGAAGAAUCCAAACAACUUCUCUGCGUGCUGUAUCCGACACUGCAAAAUCUCAACCCAUGAAUCAAUCUCAGCCAACACAGGAGGAAGCUACGCCAACAGAAGACGCAAUCAAAAAGACCGCACGUAAAAAGACAAGUGAAGAGCUGGACCAGGAACUACGGGAGAAGCUCGAAUCUCUUUCGGGAGAAGGAGGAGGUGCUGGGGUUGAAUAUGAGGGUGGGAAAGCGGAAGGACUUAAGAGAGGUGUCAAGUCGAAUAUGUUUAGAGUGAUUUGA